AUGGGGUCCACCAGGCCACGUGUUGGCCGCUGCUCCGUGAGUGAGAGAGAUAGAGAGUUCCAGAAAGUGAGGUCCGCCGUCCGGCAGCGUCCUGGUCGUGGCGAGCAACAGAGGGAGCAGCCGCGGCUGCUGCUGCCUGACUCCGGCGCGCCCAAGCCCCGGCCAAGGCUGGAGCAGCUGCUCUGGCAUGCCGCCGUUCCCCUCCUGGACCGACCAGAUCCCUUGGAGAAGGUGGGGAACUGCAGGGCAUGCGGCCGGCUGGGUGCAGCACUGCUUCGCUGGGAUGCCGCAAGAGGCCGUGCAGGCGCACAUCAAGACGGGAGCCAGAUGCACACUCGCCGGACAGAGGUUACAGAUUCAAGACACAACAACAAACCUAUGGUUGAAGUCGCAGGAGCUCCUUCCAUGCCGAAGAACACUGUAGAUGCUGGUCCACGUGAGAGGGCAAUUCUCUAUCGAUCCUGAUCUAUUCUCGUGUGAUCCACAAUGGAGUAGAUAGAUAGGAGAAAGGAUGUUGGUGAUUUUGGCGGCAAUCUGUUGAUACGCGAGAAAGAAAGGCAGUUUUAUUGAUUUUAUGUAAUUAGAGAGAUACGGGCUGGUUGUUUUAGUGAUGGGGUCCACCAGGCCACGUGUUGGCCGCUGGU